ACCAUAAACCUCAUCAAACAUAAACCAAUCACCCAAAAUUAAUACCAACCAAUUAUAUCCAAAAAAAUAUGGAUUAUUACUCAAAUUUGUUGAUUCUAAUCUCAUUUUUAUGGGUUAUAUUUCAUGUUUUCAAGUUUAUUUCAUUUAUGUCAAAACUCAAAAAUAAUAGUAAAUCAAAAUUACCUCCAGGACCUAAACCUGUUCCAAUUCUAGGAAACUUAUCUCAUUUAGGAGAUAAACCUCACCGUUAUAUGGCUAAUUUAGUCAAAACGUAUGGCCCUUUGAUUCAUCUUAAAUUCGGAAGUAUCACAACAAUUGUUGUAUCUUCCUCCGAAGUAGCCAAAGAAAUGUUCCAAAAACACGACCUAAUAUUAGCUAAUAGGCAAGUUUCUGCCGCGGUUCGUGCAAACGAGCACGAAAAAUAUUCCAUAGCAUGGUUGCCCGUGUGCCCAAAGUGGCGCAUGUUACGAAAAAUCUCGGCCAUGCAAAUAUUUUCAAUGCAAAGGCUUGGCGCAAGUGAAGCCCUUAGACAAGAAAAGGUAUCCAAUCUUAUUGAGUAUGUUGGAGAAUGUUGUAAAACCGGGAAAGCUAUCGAUAUUGGUGGAAUAGGGUUUACUACUUCGUUAAAUUUGUUGUCUAACACGUUCUUUUCGUUCGAUUUGGCUAGCUAUAACUCGAGUGAUGCCGGAGAGUUUAAAGAGGUUGUUUGGAGGAUUAUGGAGGAAAUUGGAAAACCUAAUUUGGCUGAUUGUUUUCCCAUGUUAAGGUUUUUGAGUAUUUUAUUUGUUAAUCGUAAAUUAAUGGGGUAUGGUAAUAAAUUAAAUGAAGUUUUUGAAGAUAUCAUUCAAAAAAGAUUGAAAAUUUUUGAGGCUAGUAGAAAUGAUGGUGAUGUGUUGGAUACACUUAUUAGAAUCAUGAAGGAGAAAGACUCCGAGUUGUUUCUCGAUGAUAUUAAACAUCUUCUCAUGGAUUUCUUUACGGCAGGAACUGAUACUACUUCAAGUACUUUGGAAUGGGCAAUGACAGAACUUCUACAUAACCCAGAGAAAAUGGCAAAGGUUCAAUCUGAAUUAGAACAAGUUCUAGGCAAGAACAAUAAGGUAGUUAGAGAAUCAGACAUUCCAAAUCUUCCUUACGUACAAGCAAUAGUGAAAGAAACAUUAAGACUACACCCAACAACGGUAUUUUUACUACCUCGCAAAGCAAGUAAUGAUGUUGAAUUACAUGGAUACGUUGUGCCCAAAAAUGCACAAAUUUUUGUUAAUCUUUGGGCUAUUUCACGAGAUCCUAACCAUUGGGUAAAUCCAAAUUCAUUUUCACCAGAAAGAUUUUUAGAACACGAAAUUGAUUGGAAAGGACAAGAUUACAAUUAUUUACCUUUUGGAGGAGGAAGAAGAAUAUGUCCCGGAGAUGCAUUCGCGUUUCGAAUGCUAAAUCUUAUGUUGGGGAAUCUUCUUCAUGGUUUUAAUUGGAAGAUUGGCGAUGGUUUAAGGCCAGAAGAUUUGGAUAUGAAUGAUAAGUUUGGAAUCACUAUACAAAAAGCUAUAUCUUUACGUGCUAUUCCAAUGCCAAAGUGAAGAAACAAAAUAUUGUUUAUUUAUUUAUUUAAAUUACUUUCUACGUUUUCAUUAAUUUAUCAUAUUUCAAACAAAUAGUUUUCUCAUAUAAUUCUGAUCAAAAUGUAAUAAAUAAAAUGAAACCAAAGAAUUAUAUAACAUGUAAAUUUAUUAUGUCUAACUAUACUUCAUAUUAUACUUUAAAAGUGUUUUUUUUUUUAAUUUGCUACACUACAAAAAUUAAGUGAUGAUUGUUUGUACUAAAUUUAAUAGUGAAAUAUAUUUUAUCAGAAUACUAUUACACAAGA